GCCUCAGUGCGCACGCCGUGCACCGCCACGGUGCAGGGAGUUCAGCUGAAACGCGCACCAGCCGCUGCGCCAGAUCCAUUGCACCAGAUAUCACGGCGCGAUCGGCCGAGUCGCACGGUGCCGAGACGGCCUCCAAUGAUACAUCAGCGCGACUAAUGCUCUCUUCUCCGUAGCCUCCGUUGAGUCGGCCGGGCUCGCUCGUGUUCGGGAUAUCAUGCGGUAGAUGCGUAAUUGCGCGACGUAGCAGAGGGUAUCUCGCGUUACCGCCGUGUGAGAGACCGGUCUUGGCGUCAUCCGGGACACACGAAAGAGAGAGAGAGAGAAAGAGAGAGACGUAGUCGAGACGUCGACCGACGCAAGGUUAAAGCCGAGGUGUGCCGCGAGCACGACGUCGCAGAGGAGCGACCGGAGGAGCGCUCGUUCAGACGGCUCAGCGCGGACGACGGCACGAUCGACAUGGACGGCGGCAAGGUGGACGACGAGAACCAGCGUAGCGUGAAUGACGGCGACUGGGUCUGCCCCGACUCUCAAUGUGCCAAUAUUAACUUCGCCAGGCGAAACUCCUGCAAUCGCUGUGGUAAAGACAGAGGUGAAUGUCCAAAGAAGAAGAAAUUAGGCCAGGAAAUUGGGAAAGCAGCCGCGGAAAAGAGCAGGGGUCUCUUCAGCGCGGACGACUGGCAGUGCAGUAAGUGCGGUAACGUAAACUGGGCCCGCCGUCAACAGUGUAACAUGUGCAACGCCCCGAAAUUCGGCGAGAUAGAGGAACGCACGGGAUACGGAGGCGGGUACAACGAUCGGGGGGUCGUCGAGUACAAGGAGAGACGGGACGAGGACGACGAGUACGACGAGUUCGGCCGUCGCAAGAAAAAGCGGAAACUCGAAAGUCGUUCCGACGACGACUCUAAGGAUUCCAAAUACAGCAGCCCCUCGCGCAGUAAAUCCAGGGACAAGGACGAGAGGGACGAGAGGGACGAUGUGGACGAGGACGAGCAGGCCGAAGAAAAUUGGAAGUUGCGCUUCACGUUGCUCGAUCGAUACCGAAAAUUGCAGGAGGACGAAGAGGAGGAUGACGAGGAGGACGGCGAUUUAUCCAAAUACGAUCUCAGCGAAUGGGACGACUUCGCACCGGCAAAGAAAAGUACGAAUGGAAGUGCUAUAUCAUCGGAAGCGCAACGGUCAAGAAACGGAGAUGAUUGGAGGGAUUCGGGCACGUCCAACCAAUGAAAUGCUGUACAAAAGGACAGGUUUGACUUGGGUUUCGGGUAUAAAAUUGAUUAUGAUGAUCAAUUGCUGAACAACAAUACAGUGAUGAGUCUUGCUAAAAAUAAUGUAUAGUCCCAGAUCCUUCAGAUUUUUUCAAGUAAAAUCCGCCUUUAUUGCGAUUAUAUUUUAUCGCAUAAAGAUAUCGAGUAGAGAUUAGUCGAAGUCGAAGUUAGCGAAACCAGCUCGGCAGAGCGCGAACGCGACUCCUCGUUUGACGUUUUUGUGUGACUUUCCUGUUGUUUUUCUUUCUUUACAGAUGAGAAAGGGCGCAAAGACUCGAAGGGGGGGACGCGUGCAGUCGGCUCGGCAACUAAGAGGGAAUGAAACUAUACACACAACGCAAGUCUAGCAAUUUAGUGAUGCACCUUUGGAGAUCAAGUGGCCGAUAUAACACGUGACUUACUACAAAGGGGGUCGACUAACAAUAAGCUUUACAUUUAUAAUUCAGCUCAUAGCUUCGUUGAUCCUAAGGAAACGAAAUGUGUAGGGUCUCCGCGCUGUCGUUGCUCGUGCGGCCGCGGGAGAUGAACACCCGCACACAGUCGGCAGAUCUAAGGUUGCGACAUUUUUUUUCUUCACCGAACGAAUUUCGCAACACCGUUCGUCGUCCAACGGGAGAAUCGACUCUUGUUCGUAGCAAUUCUUAGAAAAAGAAAUUCUCCCGUUGGAUCGGCGAGACGCGUCGCGAGAUUCAUCGCGGAUGAAGGAAGUGCCGCAGCUUUUAAUCCGCCGAGCCCGCGCAAGAUAGCCGUAUGUUUCGCUCUUAGCGAGAUUACAAGGCAUGGGGAUGAUCCAAGGAGAAACGCAAAAACAGUGAGAAAUCUAUAGAGAAGGGAAAUUAUACGCAGCUCGUUUUACAAGCUCUAAAUAUGACGUUGUAGAAAAAAAAAAAGGAAAAACCUCUCUAACGUAGCUAAUCUUACUCCUAUGCGUAGGCGAAGAGCUCUCUGCGCAACUCUCCGUCGUCACCAAGUGUUCUCGGAGAUUCCUAUUACUUUAUCACAAACGUACUGUGUCGAUGUAGUCGUGUCACUGCUUAUAUUGCUCAAACCGCUUGGAGGGAUCUGCUUUUCCCCUGUCCCCUGUUGCCUCUCCUUUUACUGUCCCUGUUACGUGUCUGUGACGCGCGACAUUCGCGGAUCGAGACGAACGAUCGUGAGGGUGAAGUAUUAAGUAAUCAUUCCCGUGACGAGAGAAGCGGAUACGCGCGCGUGGACAGACUGACUGACUUCCGAAA